AUGGCAGGGCACCCUGCAGAAGCACGCCCAAAGCCAGAGGCUUAUGUCAUCUGCAGGAAUCUUUUGGCCGAGACGACGCUCAGGUUGAGGUAUGGUGUGCACAACCUGUGGAGACGGGCGCAGAAGAUGUUCAAGCCAGAGGAGAAAGUGGAGCAAGUCAAGGGAUGCGCAGCGCAGCUUGACGCCGGAGCUCUGGUAGCCAUAGUCUCGCACGAGCCCGUGUACGAGGGGCUGCGGGCCUCGCUGCAGGACAUCUGGCUGGGCCACAAGGAAGACCCUCACAAGGGCGCUGGUGUGCUGUUGGUGGGCAGGAGCGAGGCAGCCAACGCUGCAGCCGCUGUGGCACUUGAGAAGGCGCUGCCCAGCAGCUGCCGCAGCUGCCUCCUCAGCUUUAAGGCGAGUCAUGGGCACGCAGAUGCGCCGGGAGGUGUGCAGAAGCUGCUGGCCGGCUUCCUGCAGCGCUGCCCGCAGGGGGUAGUCAUCCUGGAAGAUGUCCAGAAGCUGCACCCCCGCCUGCUGCCUGUCUUCAUCAACGCUCUCAGCGAGCAUGGCCACUUUGAGGUCGAUGGGAAGGCAGUGCCGUCCUGGGGUGCACUGUAUGUUGCCACCAUGUUGGACAGCGACGGACUUGCGUUGUCUCAGCCUGGUGAGGAGGCAUUCAAGAAGGCGGCCAAGAGGGCUCUGACAGCCCAGCUUUUGGCGCACCCCUCCGCUGAGCAGGUCCCUGGCUACAAGGCUCACGCCGAGGCAUUCAGGAGGCGCCUUGAAUACGUGGCACCGUGCCGGUGA